AUGGCACAAGUAUUCGACCUCUUCUCCCCCAAAUUCCCGAACACCGUCUCGACGGGGCCCCUGGAGCAACGCAAUACGGUCCUCCGCGAAGUCGAGGCCGGACUCCCCAAGGGACAAGACAGGUUCACGAUCGAUGAGCUUCGCAACCUCAACGUCUGGGUGAAGUCCGUCUCCUUUGCCAACAUCGGCAAGAACGCGAAACCAGAGUGGGAGCCAUGUUACUUCUAUCCUUAUCCCUUCGAACUCCUAACUCCACCUAGAGAAGGGGUGUUCGAUUCCCUCUUCCCUAAAUACUACCCAGACCCCAAAGAGACCCCAGGCGAACACGCGCGCUCACUGUGGUAUUACCUGCGCAAAUACCUCCCCGAAUGUGGAUCGCGACGGCCCGAUGUCAAAUUCAACAUCUUCUACGACCUGGGCUGGCGCAAGGUGUCGGACAUGAAGUACCGUAAUCUCUGGGAAUACGACACGGUGAUUCGACCUCACUGGUACGUGGAGGCGGUUUAUGUCUUUGCGGGACCAGAAAGUGCUCCCAGGCCGCAGACGAAAUGUGCGUUGAUUUCCGAUUUCGACGGGGAUGAUGAGACGCUGCUUCGUUCGGAGGUUAUUGCGUUGUCGAGGAUCAUAAGGAGGAGGAACGUUAAUACUCAUGAGGUUCAGCCGGUCCUCAUGUUUUCCAUGAUGGGACCACGGCAUAUCCGAAUCCUUCAUGCCCACUGGACGGGGCUCCAGUUGAUUAUCCAGAAGAGCCCACUCUACGAUCUUCGACAGGAAGAUGAAGAUGUCUUGGCGCUGCUUUCGCGCUGGUUUCUCAGCAUGCCGACGGGCGAUACCAGAUUAGCUGGUUAUUGA